GGCGGAGCCUGGAGCCUGUCAUUCAGAAGACGCUGGAGUUGUGUGGAGGAGCAGAGCUGCAGCUGUGUAUGUGUGAGCGAGAGAAAUACACACUCCGUCUGACGAGCGCCGCGUUCCCACACCAGCAACUUCAGCAGUGUGUGUGUUUUAUUUCCCUGCACCAGGAUGAAGCCCAACAAAAGAGUGUUUGAGGAGGAUCAUCACGGAGACACCGAGUUUUCUGCCAUGUCUGACAGUGACCCGUGUGAAGACAGUGACGGAUUCCCGCUCAAUCUGUCCACCAGCGGCAGGAGAAGCGGCUCUUCUGCCAAACGCCGGCGGAGAGGAAACCUUCCCAAAGAGUCGGUUCAGGUUCUGAGAGACUGGCUGUACGAGCAUCGCUUUAAUGCCUAUCCGUCAGAACAGGAGAAACUGAGCCUGUCCGGACAGACGCAUCUCUCUGUCUCACAGAUCUGUAACUGGUUCAUAAACGCACGCCGGAGGCUCCUGCCAGACCUGCUCCGGAAAGACGGCAAAGAUCCCACUCAGUUCACAAUGUCACGACGCACCAGCAAACCUGACAGAUCCGCCUCCCCAGAAUGCCACACCCCUUUACCACGCCCUUCAGUCAUUUGCCCCGCCCCCACACUGGAUUUAAGACUGCUAGGCAAUACUGCGACUGCAAUUUUAGCAGGAGCCGGUUGCUUGCCAUCAUCCGGCAACCAAGAUGGAAGUGUUCAGGCUCUGAUGCAGCUGGACACGCGUGGUUUACUGAGAAGGGAGGGUUUAGCUGGAUAUCGGAGAGAAGAUCAACAUUUUACCACCAUCCCAUUGUCUAAUACAUCCGUCUCGAGUUUGAGUCCGAUUGGAGUGCUCUUAAACACUCCUCCUCCAACUCCUCCAGACCUUUGUCCUCAAGAUUUCAGCGAUCUGAAGCUUCUGGUGGACGCAGCGCUACAGAGAGCCGAGCAAGAAAACAGCCAACAAAAAGAGCAAACCACAAAACCAAAGGAGAACUCAAGAGAACUCGUCCUGAGUGAGGACAGAUCCAUCUCAACACCUCCAAGGGAUGAAUCUGAAUCUACGGCAGUGGAGAAUGCAGUGUUACCGGUGUCUGUUCCUGUUAUGAGCCACUCUUUCAGUGGUCUUCCUGUUGAUCUGAGCACGGAUAAUAUUAUUGGGAAGAAUCUUCCAGAAUCGGUGGGAUUUACGUCAUCUGGGAUGUGGAGCGUCCGGGGGUCUGCUCCGGGAUCCAGUGCAGUUUCACACGCGUGGGUUUCACAGUAUGUGCAUAAUACAGUCACAGAGGCGGUCAACUGACCAGGCCAGGAAUGACGCUCUUUUUAUUUUUAUUUUUCGGACUUCUUGUUUUUUUUUUUUCUCUCGAUACUCUUUUAGACUAAAUGGAAAAACUUUGGGACGUGCCUCUCAAACCUGUCCUGAUGAUGGAUCACUGUGGGAGUAUAUCCAAUGGAGAAAUGAUUGUGAAAUUUUCCUGAAUGAGUCGUGAUUCUGUGUUGAAUCAGUUCUGAGUUUUGCCAACAGCUGGCGCUGUUUGCAUUAGCCGUGUUUACACUGAUUUAAGACAUUUGCAAGUACAUGUGACCAUUUAAAAUGCAUAACUCAACCAUAUGCACAAGCACACUGCUUUGGGAGUGUCUGUGAUUGGUUACAUGCUAGCCUAGAGCGCAGUCAGCUGUUAUACACUAGCCUAGAACUUCAUCUGAUGUUAAAAAAAACAAGCCUAGAGCACCAUCUGAUGUUAAACUAGCAUACAGCGCCAUCUGAUAAUAAAAUGCUAGCUAAGAGCACCGGCUGAUGUUAAAAAGCUAGCCUAAAGUGCCAUCUAAUGCUAAAAACUAGCAUACAAUGUCAUCUGAAGUUACAAUACUAACCUAGAGCGCCGUCUGAUGUUAUAAACCAAGCCGAGAGUGCCAUGUGAUCUUAACUAGCAUACCGUGCCGUCUGAUGCUAAAAAAAGUAGCCUAAAGCGCUGUCUGAUGUUAAAAACUAGCAUAGUGCUGUCUAACGUUAGAAAGCUAGCCAAGAGCGCCGUCUGAUGGUAAAAAGCUAGCCUAGAGCGCCGUCUGAUGUUGAAAAGAUGGCCAUCUGAUGUUAAAAACUAGCAUACAGUGCUGUCUAAUGUUAAAUAGCUAGCCAAGAGUGCCUUUUGAUCUGAAAAAGCUAGCUAAGAGCACCAUCUGAUGUUAAAAAAACUAACCUAGAUUGCCGCCUGAUGUUGAAAAGAUGGCCAUCUGAUGCUAAAAACUAGCAUAGAGCGCUGUCUGAUGUUAAAAAGCUAGCCAAGAGCACUGUCUGAUGUUAAAAAGCUAGUCUAGAGCGCCAUCUGAUGUUAAAAAGCUAGCCAAGAGCGCCAUCUGAUGUUGAAAAGAUAGCCAUCUGAUGUUAAAAACUAGCAUAGAGCGCUGUCUGAUGUUAAAAAGCUAGCCAAGAGCACUGUCUGAUGUUAAAAAGCUAGUCUAGAGCGCCAUCUGAUGUUAAAAAGCUAGCCAAGAGCGCCGUCUGAUGUUGAUAAGAUGGCCAUCUGAUGUUAAAAACUAGCAUACAGCGCUGUCUGAUGUUAAAAAGCUAGCCAAGAGCACUGUCUGAUGUUAAAAAGCUAGUCUAGAGCACCAUCUGAUGUUAAAAAGUUAGCCAAGAGCGCUGUCUGAUGUUGAUAAGAUGGCCAUCUGAUGUUAAAAACUAGCAUACAGCGCUGUCUGAUGUUAAAAAGCUAGCCAAGAGCACUGCUGAUGUUAAAAAGCUAGCCAAGAGUGCCUUCUGAUCUUAAAAAGCUAGCUAAAAGCACCGUCUGAUGUUUUAAAAAAACUAGCAUACAGCGAUGUCUGGUGUUUAAAAAGCUAGCCAAGAGCGUCAUCUGUAUUAAAUGGCUAGCUAAGAGCACUAUCUGAUGUUAUAAAACAAGCCUAGAAUGCCAUCUGAUGCUAAAAACUAGCAUACAUCGCUGUUUGAUGUUAAAAAUUCUAGCCAAGAGCACCAUCUAAUGUUAAAAAGCUAGCCAAUAUGGCCAUCUGAUGUUACAAAACUAGCCUAGAGUGUCAUCUGAUGCUAAAAAUUAGUAAACGGUGACGUGUGAUGUUAAAAUGUUAGCCAAGAGUGCCAACUGAUGUUAAAAAGCUAGCUAAGAGCACCGUCUAAUGUUAAAAAGCUAGCCAAUAUGGCUGUCUGAUGUUACAAUGCUAGCCUAGAGCGCCAUCUGAUGCUAAAAAAACUAGUCUAGAACAUAAACUCUUGCAAAAAGCCACCCUAUCUGCUAUUAAAAACUAAGCUCAAAAUCAAUUCCAAAGAGAAUAGCGACUCAUUCAGAAAAUCUCAAUUGAUUCAUGAAUCUUUUCUGUAUUUGAUUCAUCAUCUUCACAAGUCUAAUGAGCGACGGAUCUUGCUAUGUAUCCGCUUCGCCUUCAGCAGAGAAGUGAAGCUUCUCUCUGCUCUCGUCUGUAUUUCAAAAGACAUUUUAAAACUUUUUUUUUUUUAAAGCAAAACCUUUUAACUUUAAAACAAAACACUACAUGAAAUGUAAAGGGCAUCCGUUGUGAAUGCUCGUGAACAAUAAUAAUCCAGCAUUUCAGACUCUGGACGACAGGUAGACCUUCUGUCAGGUGCAAAUAUAACCAGCGACCUCCAAACUCCAGGAAACCUGCGCAUCUCAGGUUUACCGACAACAGCCAAGAGAUUUUCAGCUCAUCGUGGCCUUGCAGUGCUCUUGCUAAAUACUCUUAUACACUCCAAAACGAACUAAAUGUUGGGUUGAUUUAACCCAACGUUGGGUCAAACAUGGAUGAACUCAAUCUUUAGGAUUUACUAACAUUAACAAAUGUAUAAAUGAAUGUAUUGUUCAAGUUUGUUAAUGAAAAAUGCAUUAGCUCAUGUUAACAGUGCACAGGUUUGGGGUUUUAAUAAUGCAAUACAAUUAACCAUAGU